AUGGGCGGACACCCCUCCGCCCGGGAGCAGCGUGGGAGCCCGCCGCUUUGGGGGCUGAGCCUGCUCUCUGUGCGUCUGGUGGGGCCGGGUCUCCCGGCCGUGGCAGAUGGUGUGUCCCCAGGGCUUGCCGGUUUGCACGCAUGCCAGCAGGUGCCCCCAUCCCCGCACGCCCACCUCAGUGGUACAGAGGCCGAGCCGGCCCACCCAGCACCUCCGCCUCGGGCACCACCCGUGUGUCAGUCGAUCCUGUUGUGUUUAUGGCGUCGCGUCCCUGCAGCCGGUCUGGCCGCCUGUGAUUGUGUCGACAGUCAGUGCUGGGCCCGGAGCCUCGGCUGCCCUGUCCUUCCUGUCCUCUCGCUUGUGUGCGUGUUCCUCAGAAACAAAUAA